CUGGGGAGUGUCGUUCUCCCAGUCAGAAGUCACCUUUCUCCAUGCCGGCUGGGAAGACAUCUUCAUCCGCUGGGACCACAACGGAUUUCUUCUCCAACUUAAAGGAGACCCACAAGGAAAGUGCAUCCUCAGCCCACCUGGGGUUGGAAAGCUGUGCUCAAGGCCCGCAGCGGGAAGACAGGCAAGGCAGAGAAGGCAGAAUGCCUGGAGGUCCCUGGGCAGAAGCUGUGGAUGAGCAGAGAGCCCCGGAAAGCAGUGAUGAGAAAGCAUUCCCUGCUCUGCCCUUGGCGUGCCUCCCUCGGGACAUCAGCGCCCAGUGCAUGGAGCCCGCAGAGCCCUCCCCUGCCCUGGAAAAUGUGCACAGUGGGUCAAGGGACAGAGAAGCAGCAUGCGUGGUGGAGUGUUUUGAAGCCAGUGACCAAGGAACAUGUUAUGAUACCAUGGAGCCUCCUGUUGGAACACCAGUCGAUAAAUAUUUGCUUCAAGAAAUUUGCCCCAUGGACUUUGAGCUGACAGAAGGUCACAGAAAAGUGCCUGAUUUAUGUUCUUCUGACAAGACGUUGGCAGUCCUCCCUCACACACGAGGUCCUGAGGCUCCACCGUCCACAGGCGAAGGCAGCAAGCAUGGGAACUCGGCUGAGUCCUCAUUUCUUACCAGAACUUUCACCCAGGCCGUGUCUCUGGAGGCCAGCGAGGGUGCUGUAGGGGGACGUCUAGCUGAGGGAGAGAAAUCUGUCCCCAUCUUGUCCUCCUCAGUCCAGGAUGGCCGAGAGUGGCCGAGCCCCUUCAACUCAGGAGGGCUUUUGGAGACGCAGCCCCUUUCUUUUGAGGACAGCUCUUUGGGGCCCCUUAGUGAAGGGGAUGAUGAGAGACCCAUUAGCAGUGCCCCAGACGCCCCCGAUUCCCCAGCCAGUCAUAGUCAGUUCCCACAGGAGCUGUCCACAGCAUUAACUGCGGACAGCGAGUAUCUUCCGGUGACCAGAGACGUUGAGGACACGUCACUUUCAGUGACCAGUAAUGUGGCUCCAAGCAAGUACCACGCUGUUUCCAUUUCUGAGAGUGACUUUGUACACAGCGCUGGGGAGAGACCACACGAGGCACCCAGUGAGCUUCAUUUCCAGUUUCCUCACAAUGUUCUCAUUGGCUCCACAAACGAAUCUUCGAGAAAGCUGCGUCGCCUGGUACCCCGUGUUGCAGGAGGCCCUGGCCCCAUCCUCCGGCGGCUGCGGGGGGAAGAGGGCGUGUAUAGCAAUUCCCUGCUCCAGACUGGUAAUGACUCGAGGGGCAAGAACCGGGCUGAGCACCAGGCAGAUAGUGGAAGUCUUCAAGGAGACUUCCGAGAAAAAGGAAGUGAAACCGAGUGCCGCCUCCCCCCGCAGAGCCAGCACUUCUGCCAGGCUUCUCUUUCUGCAAAGGAUUUCCAAGAAAGCUGGUCCCCCGCCGCCGACAUGCCCGGGGAGAUCAGCGAAGGAGGAGGGCUCAGCUCAGGAGCGCCAGUGGAAGAGGAGGCCGCUGAGAGCCUCAGGGGGCAGGAGGCGCACGCGGGGCUAGGGGCCUGGGAAGUAGGACACAAGGUGAAGGUUAUAAUCCUGGAAGCUUCCGACUGUGAAAUCUGGCCACCAAGACAAAUGACCGAAUCCGAGGGCAAGGAGGGCCCAGAGGCCAGUGCCAUGAGCCCCGGUAGGGACUGGGCUCUGUCUGACACCCCAAAGGCAGAUGCCACUGUGCCCUCGGGAGUAGCAUCAUGGGCCCACGGCCCUCCUGCAGACACUGCCACUGCCACGGCUUUUGAUAGUGCCAGGGGUUCCUGGGCAGGGGACGCUCCAGGCACUGACGCCCACUGGGACAACCUUCCUUCCCAGUGUUCGGACCUACCCACACUCCUGGGGUCAUCUGUGGACCCUGUGGAGGACGUGCUGGACCCCCGGCCAGGGGCAUCAGCAACGGGAGGGAAGGCGGGCAUGAGCACUGCCAGUCACGUCAGGGAGGAACACCAGGACAAGGUGGACCACCCUGCUUUCCUCAAGCAGCUCCUGCACUUCCCUGGUGUCCUGGAGUCCUCUGUUGACCCCGUCAAUGACAAGGACGGGAGGACGCGCCCCCGGGGAGAGUCCCCACUCCCGGGCCUCGGGGAGGCCAGCUUGGGGCCGACAGAAGCCGGGCCUGCCAUCCUGCAAGCUCCACAUCGCCAGGACAGUGCGGGUGCCAGUCCAGAUGAAACCAGCACCAGCCAGGGCCAGGGAGACAGGGAGCAAGGAGAGACCAGGCAAGGCCAGCAUGGUGGAGCAAAGGCGGAGGUCCAGCCUGAUGUUUGGCAAGUCCCGUAUCCUGCUGAAGGGGGACAGGGAAUUCCAGGUGCCUUUGGCAUGAGCCAAAUGCAAGGUGGCAGUGACAGAAGCCCAGGGGAGGCCGAGCGUCCUUUCGCCACAUCUGCUCUUCCUGGUCCCCAUGCGGUCAUGACUCACCCCCUUGCCAAGGCUGCCACUCACACCUGCACGGGUGAGCCAGAGCCUGGAAGCCCUCAGUCUGUAUUGUCCCCGUUGAAGCAAAGGGGAGCCAUUGAGAACACGUGUGGGGACUGCGUGCCCACCUCAAGUGACCAGACACACUGGCCUUGGCUUUCAUCUCCCGAAGGAAACAUCACACACUGUUUAAGAAGUCACAGCAUCGAGGAACCGAAAAUGGUUCUAACUGGGGAAACUGAGGCCCUGAGCUCAUCCAGCUCCCCAACUUUGGCGCCGGUUUUCAUCUCGAGAGAACGUGAGUCAGAGACAGCCCCCAAGUUGCACCAGGACCUGUGUCAGAAGGGGUCCAUCCUGGGGAACCCGAAGAGAACUAGGGAGAAGCCCAGCCAUGUGCCCACCCAGACUGGCAAGCUCCUAGGGGCACCGUGGGCCGGGAACGGGGCUGAGGUGGUCAGGAGGAAGCAGGAGUCCUCGGGAAGUGGACAUUUAGCGGAGGGCAUUAAGAAGAAGGUUCUGUCCAAGGUGGCUGCCUUGAGACUGAGGCUGGAAGAGAAGGAAAACGUCCAGAAGAACUCGGGUCUUCUUACAAAGAUCCCCAAGCUUGAAAAAUCCUUAUCCUGCACUGAAGAGAGAAGAGAGCCCAAGAAGGCGCCUUGCAUGCGGGAAGGAAAAGCUCCAGUAUUACUGAAAAAGAUCCAAGCUGAGAUGUCCCCUGACCACUCUGGGAAUGUAAAGUUGAGCUGCCAGUUUGCAGAAAUUCAUGAAGACUCUACUAUUUGGUGGACAAAAGAUUCAAAAUCAAUAGCCCAAGUUCAGAGAAGCGCAGGGGACAACUCCAGUGUUUCCUUGGCCAUCAUGCAAGCUGGUCAGAAGGACCAGGGCCUCUAUUACUGCGACAUCGCCAACAGUUACGGGAAGGUCACCGCUGAGUUUAACCUCACCGCUGAAGUUCUCAAAGGGCUUUCAAGACAUAUGGACAGUAAAGGGUGUGAAGAGAUUGAGUUCAGUCAGCUCAUCCUCAGAGAGGACUUCCUCAACGACAGCUACUUCGGGGGCCGCCUGCGGGGCCAGAUCGCCACCGAGGAGCUGCACUUCGGGGAGGGGGUGCACCGCAGAGCCUUCCGCAGCACGGUGAUGCGGGGCCUCCUGCCCGUCUUCCAGCCGGGCCACGCCUGCGUGCUCAAGGUGCACAACGCCAUCGCCCACGGGACCCGAGACAACGACGAACUCGUACAGAAGAACUACAAACUCGCCGCCCAGGAAUGCUAUGUUCAAAAUACUGCCAGACACUAUGCCAAGAUCUACGCCGCUGAAGCCCAGCCUCUGGAAGGCUUCGGAGAGGUGCCAGAGAUCAUCCCCAUAUUCCUCAUCCACCGGCCAGAGAACAACAUCCCUUACGCCACCGUGGAAGAGGAGCUGAUCGGAGAGUUUGUGAAGUACUCCAUCCGAGAUGGGAAGGAGAUCAACUUCUUGAGAAGAGACUCGGAAGCCGGUCAGAAAUGCUGCACCUUCCAGCACUGGGUGUACCAGAAGACAGGUGGCUGUCUUCUUGUCACAGACAUGCAGGGUGUGGGGAUGAAGUUAACGGAUGUUGGCAUAGCAACCCUGGCUAAAGGGUACAAAGGAUUUAAAGGCAACUGUUCCAUGAGCUUCAUCGAUCAGUUUAAAGCAUUGCACCAGUGUAACAAGUACUGUAAGAUGCUGGGGCUGAAAUCCCUUCAAAACAACAGCCAGAAACCCAAGAAGCCAAUCCUCGGGAAAGCCAGAGUUCAGACAAACUCUCCCCCGGUGAAGACACCAGAUUUGGGGACCCCAGCAGAAAGGAAGGCUCAGAAUCCCUGAACCUUGAGUCACCAGUGAGUGGGAAUCUGCCGACAAGCAGGGCACAUGAUCCCGCAGCCCGCACAGGGUGUGGCAAUGCCUCCCAGCCCUCUGGACCCCAACAGGCUUCCAUGCUCCCCUGCUGUCUGAUGAAAUGACUUUGCCAUAGAACUUAUUCCCGGACUAUUGAAUAACAGUCGUCAUUCUCAAAGACAGGCCACUCUGGGCGCUCAGCCAGCGUCUCUAUGGGCCUCACACCAUCCAUGUAUGUGUGUAAUUUGCACGUGGUUUGUUGUCAAGGACUUGAUGCUGCCUGGGGUUCGUCUGGGGCCCAAGUCCUUCCCACCCUCACGCCUCACCUCAGGGUUUCUGGACAUGUGACAGAGACCAUGAAUGUCAAGUUGUUGCACGAAUGUCAUGUGUGCUAUUGCUGGAGGUGGCUUCUGAAACAUGGGGUCACCUCCCCUCGUUCACACA